GUUGCUUAUAGUACUUACAAAACUCUGGGAGUUAGUGGUAUAUCUUUGACUGCAAUUAAUAUGCCAACAUACUCCAACCUGCUUUAAAUUUCUCUUUAACAUCAUUAAUCUAUCAUUUAUGUCAAUUUUUUAAUAUAUUAAAUAAUAUGAAAUUGAUUCUUUAGAUAUCUUUAUAAGUAUUAUUUGAUGUGCUUUCAUUUAUAUGUUAAUUAAAUUGUUUCUUUUUAAUUAUUUUAAGAAUAUUUGGAAAUAGUUAUUUCUCCAUGUAAAUUUAAUCUAUAAACAGGAAUGUUUCAUUAAUUAAUUUAAAAACUAUAUGAUUUAGAUUAGUAUGUCAAGUUAAAAUCUUAAAUCCUGCUCCUGUGAACUUAAGUAAUAUUCACUACCCAAAUUUGGAAUAAGACAGAAGAUUAUUAGGGUGUAUUAAAGAAAGUAAUCCUUUCAAGUCCACAUUCAUUGUAGGAAUUGUGAAUUGCAUGACACAAGUAUCAAAGCACCACUUUGACCACUGUCUGUGUGAAAUAACAGGUUUACUAUAUAUAGCUCUUGUAGAUUAGACAUAUCCUUAGAGAUGCUUUAUGAUUUUUGCUUGCUUGGAGGAAUGUCCCUGGAUAGUUACUGCGAUAUUCUUUUGCUUUUGGCAUCACAAUGGACAGUAGGGUGAACCACUUUAGUAGUCCUGAUUCAAUGAAGCUAUACAGUAUUCACCCUUCAUGAUUCAAACAUUUAUGAAUUAUCCACCUAUUAAAUUCAUGUCGUGUAUAUUUUGCAGCUGAGUUACCGUGUUAUUUUUAUCUUUAUAUAAGUAGAUUACCGAUAGAUUUUUUUGGAUAGUCCAUAAUGCAGACUAAUGCAGUGGAUGCGGUGAUGGAUCCACACUACUAAUUGUAUAUGACCUGCAUUUCUCAGAAUUAAGUGAUCAGCAAUAUGUUGCAUCUGUGGUUCACACUUGCAUGGAUGAUUCUCAUUAUAAAUCAUAAACUCUUUUUUAUUUGGUUUUUUUAUGAAAUCAUGAACCUCAUUGAUAAAGUUCAUUUUGGGAGGCUCCUCACUUAACCUGAGACAGGCACCAUGGCUGCUUCUAAUCUACAAUGCUCGCUGUUUUCUAACAACUUGGUCUCUUUAAGAUGAGUGUUGUUAUCUUGUUUCUCAGAUUCUUUGAGGCAAUUGUAAUUAAUCUGAUUUCAUAUGUCAUUGCUGGAUGCAAAAAUGUUCACAAUGAGCCCAUGCAGUUUCUAUAGUGUUAUAGAACCAAUCGAUGUCGUGUUGAUAUCUUUCAACAUACUGGUAGUAAUGCUGUGCUCAGAACUUCUGCUGCCUUAAAACUAAUUAAAUUUCAAUUUUGCUUUCAUCAAGUCACUGUAUACAGUGAAGUUAGAAUACCAGAUUAUUUAUUGUAUGCUUUAGAAAUGUAAAGAUUUGUAGGAUUAAAAUAGCAUAAUGUUGGGCAGGAUUAGAGACUUAUAAUCUUUUUUAUGUGUGUCACAGUCUUGCUUGUUCAAAGUACAUAAGAAAAUAAACUCACCUAAAAAUGGUUAUAUCAGUUAUAGCUGUGCCAUGACCACUGGGUCACAAAGGCAGAAAGUAGUGCAAUGUUGAAAUUUUUUUUUUUUUUUUUUUUUACAUCCUUUUGAAUGCUGAUCAACAUUAAGUUUAUUGAUAAUUGCAUAACAGAAUCUGGUUCCAGUACCUCUGUGUCUGACCAGUAAAUUUAUUUUCCCUAUAGCACUGAUUGAAAAAUGCUGUACAAAGACAUCUCUAUUCUAACAGUGAAUGAUGGCACGAUUGUGAAAUGCAGUAUACAAUUGUACUGUUUAUGCUAAUGAGCUACUGGUGCAGAGUUGUCUGCCCCUGCUUGUGGUAAAAAAACAAUCAAUAGGGUCUGCUGUUGACAGCAUAAAACUAGGGAGCAUCUUCUCAUUUAUAUAUGAUGUUGAAGGCCAGCUAAGACAGAAUGAAAAUCCUGAUUUAUUUCUAUUAAGAAUCCUAAGUGUAGUGAUUUUCACUUGUGAUUAAGAGCUUAAUGGCCCUAAUUCCACUACAGCGUAGUUACUUCAAACUCCCACCUGAGACAUGCUAGUUUGUUGACCCACUAAUUGCUAAUGUUAAUUUUCUCACAAAUAGUCAAGACUUCUUGAUUUACAUCGAAGUUAUUAAAAUCAAAUCCAUAUCAUUCACAUUUGCAUACUUGUGUCGGCUAGAUUAAAAACCCAGGUUAGUGUGAGUGUAAUCAGAAAAUCUCAAUCCAUGUCUGCAGGGAAAAUAUGAUAGCAUUGGUAGUUCUUGAAUUCUCAUCCAGAAGUUGAAUGUAGAAUAAAAAAUAUGAAAUGAGCCUUGCACAUGCUUUUUCAAAUAAAAGUGAUUAAUAUAAGUUUUCAUGAACUUUAUGAUGUACCUAUCAUUGCAUUGAAAAUUGAUAUAAACUAACACUAAUGCAAUACUGGACUUUUGAGAUACGGAUCCACUCUGACUUUUGUCGCGAGUUGAACGUAAUUUGUAGGGCAUGUCACUUCCGGAUUACAAUAACAACUAAGUAAACAAGCACGGAAUACUUCAAUUUGCUAUCAAAUUCCUGCAUUUAAUUGCUAUCUUUGAAAGAAUGGAAUCACUACAACCAUUUAUAGGAAAAUGCAUUUGAUUAAAUUGUGUGAGUUGGCGAGGGAAGUAAAUUUAUAAAGAUUAUCUUGAGGAUAUCGGUAAAACUUCACACCUUGCAUCCAAUGAUACGCGUCUAAAUGACCUUUUCCUUUCCAUCUAAUUUACACCCAGGUACUAAGCACCAAUAGUGACUUGAAUCGUCAUCGUAGGACUGCGCAUAGCUCUUUACGGACCGUCUGCGAAAGCAACACCAUUUGCAUCGAUGUAAACUUUGCCCUACAAUUGGUUAUUAUCACUUGACGGUGGUAUAUAAAAGUCAAAUAUAAUCGGUCGUUCUGGCACAUCCCGAAACUUCCGUAUUCUCAAGGAAUUUAGUUCUGAAAAAUCAGCCUCUAAAUUUGGUGUUAUUACAGAAUUUUUUGAAUAUUUUUUGAAUGAAAAAGAAAGUUUGAAAUAAAUGGAACCACCUGAAAAGCAGGAUAAAUGCACCAUGUAUCCCAAAUAGAGUGAAAUGUCGUUAUAUAGCUGGACUCAGAGUGUCCUGAAUACAGUGAAACAUUGUUAGCUGGACUCAGUGUAUCCCAAAUACAGUGAAACAUUGUUAGCUGACCUGUGUAUCCUGAAUACAGUGAAACAUUGUUAGCUGACCUGUGUAUCCCAAAUACAGUGAAACAUUGUUAACUGACCUGUGUAUCCCGAAUACAGUGACACAUUGUUAGUUGACCUUUGUAACCUGCAUGAAUACAGAGAAACAUUGUUAGCUGACCUGUGUAACUUGAAUACAGUGGAACAUUGUUAGUUGACCUGUGUAUUCCGAAACAUUAGCUGACCUGUUGUGUAACUCGAAUACAGUGAAACAUUGUUAGCUGACCUGUGUAUCCCAAAUACAGAGAAACAUUGUUAGCUGGCCUGAGUUAUCCCAAACACAGUGAAAUAUUGUUAGCUUGCCUAAGUUAUCCUGAAUGCCACAAAACAUUGUUAGAUGUUGUUUGUAUCUGGAAUAUACAAUUUAACAUUUUUAGCUUGUCUAUAUAUGUAUAUCCCCAAUACAGUGAAACAUGGAUAGCUGGCUCAUUAGAUAGCCUAUGAUUUGUAAUUUUGGUUACUUUGGAAUUGCUAUUUAAAACUUUUCGAUGUUGUUGAGACUUUGAGUAUAAGAAAUGGAAUGUUCAUCAAUUUGUAUUUGAGCGACCACAUAUAUAUCGUAUUUAAGCCUUGAUAUAGAUAUUCAUGAUUAAGGAUCUCAGUAAUUUGGUCUAUGUAAGAGUCAUCAAAAUUGAAGCAUUUAUUUUAUAUUCUUUCUUGAGCAAAGAUCAAUGAAUGAAGUUUAAGGAGAAGAGGAGAUGGAUAGGAAAGUCAAGAAUUUCAAGACACAUUUUGAAAUUCUGAGUCAAUAACAGUACCUGGGUAUUCAGAAUUAGCAUACGUCUCAUUUCGUAUAAAAUAUUGAUAACAUGAUUAAGUUUUUAUGAAGACAUUAAGCCACCAGCAUGACUACCGGCAGUCUUUGCGAUAAAAUGUAUGGAUUUUGUAGGACUGGUAGGGUGAACUCUGUGUGUUUUAAGUAAACAGAUUGUGGUUUCCUGUCAGAAGAGCAGCUUCGCACUCGGGGAGUUAUUGAAUGACCAAUAUGAUUAUUGAUAUUGCAAAAGCUUACAAAUGUCAUCACAAGCUACAUUGCUGUAACUGAAUUUUUUGGGUACUUGAUUACAAUUUCGUUCAGUAAAUCUUUUGGUUGGAAGCUGGAAAUGAUAAAAUUUUGACCUUGCAUGAUUUCUUUAAAAACUGUCUCUUUAUAUCUCAAUCUUCCUAGAAUCAAGGACAUAAUAAUUUACUGUGUUUGACCUUGAUAUGAGUAUGUAUGGUAAGGGAAAUGUACAUUGUCAUGCUAAAGAAAUGAUAAACUCCCAUGGUGACCAGUGACUGUCAUUUCCUUGAUUUGUCUUAGAAACCAGCGAAAUUGUUUAACACAUACUGUUUACCAUGCAGUGUGUCAUAUUUUUCAAUUCAUUCUUUUUAGUGCCUUGGAAGAAAUCAUCCGCUCAAUCAAGAACAUCGCAGAAUGUUUAUUGUAUGGGUUAUUACUUAAUGUAUACUUGGUAGUUGGGGAAAAAUGAAAUCAAAUCUAAGGUAAAUUAAAGAAGGUAAAAUUUAAUUUCUGCUAUGUAUACAUUUGCAAGAGUCCACUUUUAUGAAUGUAAGCAAAAUUUGCAGCAAUAUGUGAAAAAGUUAAUCGAGAAAUCAUAAUGAUCAUAUGUGUAAUUAACAAUUGGCAGACAUUUCUGAUUAUACGAAGCCUUAGUUGGCAUGUCAGUCGGUGCUGUCCAGAAGUGCACUAAGCCACUUGCUAAACUCGACUGAUUUGACCUCUGAAUGAUUGACAAUAUCAUGUACACAACAACCUUUUUAGCAUGAAUAUUCAAUUUGUGCAAUUCAUUACUGUGAUGAAUCUCACCCAAAUUAUUUUCAUCGUACUACUAUUUUUUUCUCGCACAUUAUAUUGAGAUGUAAAACAGUAUUUUUGAUAAGCGAGGAUAUAAACAAACACCGUUUUACUGUAAGUAACUAUUGAAAAAUAAAUCCGAAUUGUUGCAUGUAGUUGGUCAUGUUGCCUUGUCAGUACUUAUGAUGUACUUAGUGCUAACAUUUCGCAGAGAACCCUGGGAUUGUUACUGGUUACAGAUGGGGAACGUCUUAUAAGGAUUUGUAUAGGGAACAUUGCCAGGUCCUCACUUAGUGGCUGGGAAGAAGAAUUAACCUAGAAUGUGGAAUCCUAUUAUAUUCAAGGAUAGAAAAUCCCAAGGACAACCACGAAAUAGUACUAGCCGAAAGCAAACCAUACAAUGUAUGGAUAUAUAUACAAUCCAGAAAUAGGUAUAGAAAAAUCCUCACAAGUAAUAGUAUGAUAAAAAUUAUCACACAAGUGAAAUAGUAUAAUAAAAAUAUCACAAAGCCGAUAGAGGAUCGAUGCUCGACUAGUUUCUUCAAUUCCUCAGGAGUAUAUAUCUAUAUACACACACACACUUUAUUGUAUACAUGUAUAAGCUUGACAUAUUACUUAAAAUGUAUUUAUCAAUUUCAGAAUUGUUAUAAGUUCGCUGUUGUUGAAUGAUAGAAGAAAUAAUCUCAUAAUAGCAAGCAAAAAAAAAAUCUCAUAAUAGCAUAGUCAAUCCGGCCUUUCACUUCAUGAUUUGUGUCUCGAUUUAUUCCCAUUUAAUGCUGAAUGCACAGAAUUGGACUUGAUGUUUACCACUGUGUGUUCCCAUUAAGCUGUACAUUGGAAGCUUUUUGUGUUUUAUAUUCCUUAAACUGAGUAUUCCUCUCCCUGCACUCCAUCAGAGAAAACGGGAAACAAACUAAUAGUGCAGAGUUCUUCAUGUUAAAGAAUAGGUCAAAACCAAUAUUGAGUAGUACUGAGCCUAUUGUUGCGUUAUUGUUAAUCUCUCAUGUGUUUCAUCAGUACAUAAGCAGUAAAUUUCAAAGUAUUCAAGCAUUUUAUUGAGAAAUCAAGCGAAUUUUUCAGCCAAUGAAAAUCACUGUAAUUUCAUCAAGACAAUGAAUAUUAUAUGAUAUUGGCUAUCAUUACAAUUUGUGAAAGAUAUCAAAGGCAAAAACUUUGGAAAUUAAAUAUUUUUAAUUUGCCUUCACAGGCUUCCAUGUUAUAUGCAUGACAGAUGUCAAGAUAUAAUCGUUUAGUGCUGAAAUAAUGUGGAAGCUCUCUCAUUGUAUCAUUCUCUUGAACAGGGAGUAAUUUAUAGUCCAAUUUCACAUUAUGAAAUGAUCUAACAAGAAAUUGACUUGAACCUUAUCUAUGAUGCUCAGAAACUGAUGUACUAGGUCACUGUCCACUAUAACUUCACUGCUUUGUACAAACACACCUCUGUAAUCUAGUAAACACUGCCUAUCAGGAGUUAAACACUGUUUUUCAACUGCCAUGAUACAAUCUUUUCCUGUAGAAUGAGUUAGAUGUCCCAGAAUGAAAGUCAUUGGAGGGGGAGGGGGCUAUAUACAAUCACAUUCCUUCUUCAAUGAUAGCAAUGAUAAACAUGUUGCAUUCAAUUCAUUCUACAAUGCAUAAUCAAGAAAUGUGUUUAAUGCCUGAAUUUAGGUAUGGCUGUGAAGGUUUGUCCCCACCCUUUGCUUAAGUUUACGCCCUCUCUUUUUUAGGUGUGGCUGUGAGGGCUUGCCCACCCCACCCUUUGCGCCCUCUCUUUCGGAAACCUGCAGACAGUUCUGUUUGUAAAACUUUUAGUUCAGGUGUCACAAUAUAGAGAUUUAAAUCCCAGUCUGAAGGAGAAGCUAAUUUUGCAUUGAUUUGAUUAUUUUUAAUGAUAGCAGAGAACUUUAAAGUGAGGGUGUCAGUCAGGAAGUGAUAAAAACUGCCAUUUUGAUUAAGAAAUGGAUAUGUUGAAGUACUAAUUGAGAAAUACUUUAUUUAAUCAAUCAUGCAGAUACUAAUUAAGCUCUAAAUGCAUAAAAAGUUGUCUGCUUGAGGAAACUCAGAACAAAGAUUCAUUCAGAAGCGAUCUUGUGGUUUUCAUUUAUAAUUCUUAGUAAAUCGUUAAUAUUAUAUUGAGUCCUUAGUAAGCAGCAGCAAUGCUGUAGUAAUGAAUGGUGGAUGUCACAUCAAUGAUAGAUGAUGAACAUCACUAUCACAGUCUGUCAAACUCAGCUGGAAAGGGGGCUCCUGAUAUGACAGUAUUCUCAGCUUUUCUCGUCACCAUAAUACAGUGUCUGGGAAACUGGACUAAGACCCCUCCAGUUAUAUUCAGCUUUUAAGGUCGUGGCUGUCUUAUUAAUAUUUCAUGGCUGGUUGAAUUUGUUAGUUUUACCUGGUUAUUAUUUAGUGUGUAAAGUUUGUAUUAACUGGGGAUGACCCCUGCAGUGACCUUGGAGAAAGCUGGCAGAGACUGUAAGGAAUGCGGAGAUAUUGUGGACGGUGGAAGAUUCUGUGACUGUGGGUUGUAAUAAUGGCAGUGUCCACUGGAAUGUGCUGUACAUGAACACAGUAUCUGCUCUUGACAUCUGGCUCUGUGUUAAACUAUAGGAUCCUUGCCUGCAGCCAUUGUGUCACAGAGGAAACACUGUAGCAGAUUGUCGAUGGAUGCUCAUGAAAUGUUUUCAUUAUAAUUUAAAUGUGUGAAUACUGGGAAAAAAAGUAAUAUAUAUGCAUCAGUUGGUAGUGAGAUAAUUUUAGCAUCAGGAUGGACCAUUGAUCAGAAGUAAAUGAUAUAAGGUCUGCUAAUUUAAAGAAAGGUUCAUGUUUCAUUACAAUUAGCAUUUUUCAUGUUGGACACAGAAAUUGAUUUUUGGGUACGGUAUCGGAUCCAGGAAUUUAUUCCAUUUUCUUAUUGACUCACAUUAUCAAAGUGACAGAAUCGGACUAUUACUACUAACAACACAAUGCUACAGAAACAAUUAAUUAUUAUCUAACAUGGAGGAGAGUUGAAUAAGCUGAACGGGGACACAGCUUGGAGAUAAAAUCUCUGGUAUUGGAUGUUCUCGGCUGCUGAGCAUUUUCCUACGUGGUAUUGCACACUGUGCGGUGUUUUUUUCUUCUUUCUGUUGUACACUGACAAGAAGUGGGCUUGAUGUGAACAUGACACUGGUAGUAAAAGAUGUGAUGAAGCACCAUGUCUGUCCAGAGACGAGCACUGUAACACUGCGCCUGUUUUCUUCUUGAUACAUUGUAUAACGAACUGCAGUAGAAAAGCAAGAUCGCAAAUACUGUAUUACAAUUUGUAAAAUUUGGACAUACUUGUAUAAGCCAGAGAGUGUUCCUGGAGGAUUUUAACUCUUUGAGUUUGCUGAAGCAUAUUGGUUGACUGUGACAUUAUGGGAAACAAACUGAGAAAGUUUCUUUCUGGUCAGAGUCCUCAGGAAGACGGUGUGACAGGGAAGGAAGGGACAUACACAGAGAAACGCGAAGAGGAAUUACAGGAGGCUGGAACCAGUCAGCCCACAGAACAGAAUGAGAAAGGACCAGACAAAAUGACUGAGCAAUCUGUGUCGUCCACUCUUAGCAAGGACAGUCAGCAACACACAGAAUCUCAGCAGCCCUGUAGAGGAGAGGGCCAAGAAAAGCAGCCAUCGGAUGGAGGGGAGGGGGAAAUGAAGUCGACAGAAGAUGAACAGGAACAGAAGACGAAGAGUAAGUCUGCUACACCUCCCAGUGACGAUGUGGCAGAUGAAAUAUCUAGCUCUCAGUUCCCUCUCAAGAACAUAGUCAGAAACAGGAGGGGUGCUGUCAGUGCAGAGGUGUAUAAGGAGGAGGAUGCUGCACAGUAUGUCAAAAAGGUCGUGCCAAAAGAUUAUAAGACAAUGGCAGCUCUCUCAAAAGCAAUAUCCAGAAAUGUUUUAUUUUCACAUUUAGAUGACAAUGAAAGAAGUGAUAUUUUUGAUGCCAUGUUUCCCGUUCAUCGUCAUGCAGGGGAGAUAAUCAUUCAGCAAGGAACCCUGUAUGAUGAUGGAGAUGAAGGGGAUAAUUUCUAUGUGAUAGACCAGGGAGAAGUUGAUAUUUUUGUGAACGAUGAACACGUAACCACUAUUGGGGAGGGAGGAAGUUUUGGAGAGCUGGCUUUGAUUUACGGUACACCUAGAGCUGCCACAGUGAAGGCUAAAGGAGAUGUGAAGUUGUGGGGCAUUGAUAGAGAUAGCUAUAGAAGAAUUUUAAUGGGAAGCACGAUUAGGAAGAGGAAAAUGUAUGAAGAAUUCCUAGGAAAAGUUUCAAUAUUAGACAAUUUAGACAAAUGGGAGAGACUGACCGUGGCGGACGCUUUCGAGCCGGUCCAGUUCGAGGACGGUCAAGAGAUUGUCAGACAAGGAGAACCAGGGGAUGAUUUCUUUAUUAUCACAGAGGGCUCGGCUGCAGUAUUACAGAGGCGGUCGGAGAACGAUGAACCCGUAGAAGUGGGGCGACUUGGGAUCUCCGAUUACUUUGGUGAAAUAGCUCUUCUGCUGGACAGACCCCGAGCAGCGACAGUCAUCGCCCGCGGUCCCUUAAAAUGUGUCAAGCUGGACAGAGCUCGUUUUGAACGGGUCUUGGGACCAUGUUCAGACAUUCUCAAGAGAAACAUUGCGCAAUACAACAGUUUUGUGUCUUUGUCUGUGUGAUUAAUCAGGAUUAAUUACCAAAGAUUGAACAGUAUAUUAAUUAUUUCAUAUAAUGGUGGAUGAUUCUUCAUUGCCACUAUAUUGUUAAAUAAUCAUGUUAAAAUUUAAUGGCAAGUCCAUCCGACAGAACUCCAUCAAUAGAGAGUUUAUUGUUUGGGAUUUCUUCAGAUCCCACAUCCGACAUGCAAAACCAAUACUCAAGUCAUCCUGACAGUAUGCUAAAUUGUAUGAACAAGUUGUCAUGACUGCCAAGUAUGAAUUGUUCCUGUUACAUAGCAGCUUUGAUGAGUUUUGUCCUCUGUUAGAAAUGUAUAUUUCAAGUCGUAUAUUUAACAUGUACAACAUUUUUUUCCUGUUCUCUUUGGGUUUGCUUUGAAGCAGCCUUUAUUUAAUUAAAUUUCAGUCUAGCUCUAUGAAUUGAGAGAAAAACAACCAUGCUAUUCAGGGAAACUCGGACAUUUUGGAAAUAAGAUGAUUUCUUUCUGUCACAAGUGGCAUUUGUAUGUUAUGUUUACUGCUUAUACAUAAUAAAAUAGUUUGUUUCAAAUGUA